GAAAGACAGCUCUUCGUUUCGCAGACGACACGUCUUGUUACAUCCGUGACAUGGAUAGCAACAUGGCGGAAACAAAUGUGACUGGUCUUGAAGAAGCUUAUCAGAGCGCUGAGCAUCAAGCCCCUGGGCAGAUCACAGAGACAAAGGAAAGCUACUACCAUGCUUUGGACACAGUGGUGGACCGCGCCUCUCUCAGUGACGCCAUCUUGAACUUCUGCGGCGGCCACAGACUUCAACUUCUUGAGAAAACGACCAAAGAGGAUAUAGAAGCCUCAACAACCACGAAGACAAGAAAUCGCCGUGACCUCUUCGAUCGUUUCAGUGCCUACGCCAAGAAGAGACUAAACAGCAUCAAGAGUCGCCUAGGUGGUGGUGUAAGCACUGCCACUUUCGGUGGUCAUCCUCCACCCCCUCCUCCACGUAAUCUCGGCGUCGCUGUCCAAAUCGACAACGCUUACGAUCCUCACGACCCUUACCUUGGCGGCGGUCACAAAGACCCGUACACACCAGUCCACUCUGGGCCAAAAGAUCCUUACAAGGGAGACGGUCACGUUGAUCCUUACGAUCCCCAUCAUGGCGGCUACCCGCCAAAAAGCGGAGGGCCGUGCUUCGAGCAAUCUGCGUGCAAGGUGAAGGAGGGCUGUACCGUGAAAACCGAAAGGACCUGCGCCGACUAUGGUUGGUUCUUUGGAAACCGCGGAGGGAUCGGACGCAGGAGAUAUCUAAGCGACCCCAAAUGUCUGCGAUGGAGGUACGCCGAUGUUAAAGACUGUGUCAACGUCAACAAAUGUGAAAAGAUCUGCACGUAAAUUGUCAAAAUGCAACAACAACAUUGUCCAUCUACGGCAUUUUACAGAAAGGAAUAACAGAUCUCACAAGAGCACGAGAAAAUUAAAUGAAAGACUUAAAGAGUUUGAUGCCAAGUUGGUUAAUUCUUAAAUAAUUUUUCAGGAUGUCACGACAUUCCUUGCAUUCUAUGUGUCUGUAAAAAUGUUGUUCAAUGGUUCAGAACCAUCUUUAGCUCAACCAUUUAUAUUUUCCGUAUGAAGUAUUUUACACAUAUCGAUGUAAUUUUAGUCAGAAUGUUAAGAACCCCUUAUGUACCAGUCAAAUUGCCUUCGGAAGCAAAGCAGAGCAAAUUUAAAGAGUAUUGAUCUCAAAUUAACCUACUGAAAGUGCUGGCCAGUUUUAGAUUGAAAUGC